AAAGAGUUUCAUCACAUAGCUCAGACUGGUCUUGAACUUUCCAUUCUCUUGCCUCAGUGCUGGGAUUACAGUUGUUCACCACAAUGCCUAGUGUAAAAUCUAAAACUUACUUCAGCCAGAUCACAUUCAACUCAAAAGAACUAGACGGAACAUGUCUCCAAGCUAAGUUGUUCAAAAUUUAAGUUAUGAAACUGACUUCUCCAUUAACCUGUGGCAACUCAAAGGCCUUCUCAGUCUAGCCUGGUCCAAUUUAGUGGAAAAGGCAGGUGUAUGCACCAGCCGGGCACCUCCCUCCCUGACAUUUCGGCACCUUCGGCAGGGCCACUGCAAUUGCUCCCGCCAUGACCCAACCUCUGCCGCCUGUUGAGACACUUAGUUGCCAGUCUUGGCGCCAGGGCGAGGCUAGGGGUGCUCCCCGCUCAUUGGUCAGUGGAAAGCUUCGGACAAGACCUUGCUACAAUGGCCCGAGAACGAAAAUCCAUUGGCCAGGACCAUUCAAAAUGCGCCCACUCACCACGCGCAACGUUCUUCUGAUUGGUUCACUGCCUGUCUCCAAGACACCGGGGUGACUUGACCUCUGGAACCCUCGCCCUCCGCCAACUUGUCUCCCCAUUGGCUGUCGUGGCGCACGAGAACUGAACAGUAAGUUCCAGAGCCUGCCGCGGGACGCCAGUCGUGUGCCGGGAAGGCGACCCUGCUGCGUGCGUGAGGCAGACCUCGUGUGAGGCUGGCGGACGAAGGCCUGCUGUGGAAGACGCCGCGCUCUGAGACCUGCUCUGCAACCCAGCUCAGGCCUCGCCGCGGAGUUCAUCUCCAUCCUUGGAAGCCAGCCCUAUACAGUGCAAAUUUCAGUUGAGAGCCGGACGGAGGAGUGUGGGAGAGUGAAUUCCGAAGGAAAAUGUUCUAUUAUCCCAACGUGCUUCAGCGCCAUACCGGCUGCUUCUCCACCAUCUGGCUGGCAGCGACACGUGGCAGCCGGUUGGUGAAGCGCGAAUACCUGAAGGUGAACGUGGUGAAGACAUGCCAGGAAAUCCUUGAUUACGUAUUGGUCCAAGUUCAACCCCCAAUGCCUGGCCUGCCACGACCCCGCUUCUCGCUGUAUCUCUCGGCCCAGCUGCAGAUUGGCGUGAUCCGGGUCUACUUCCAACAGUGCCAGUACCUCGUGGAGGACAUCCAGCACACACUGGAGCGCCUGCACCGGGCCCAGAUGCAGAUCCGCAUUGAUAUGGUAGACACAGACCUACCCAGCCUGCUGCUUCCCAACUGCCUGGCCAUGAUGGAGACCCUAGAAGAUGCUCCGGAUCCCUUUUUUGGAUUGAUGUCCGUGGAGCCCAGCCUUCCUAGCCCUUUCAAUAUCCCUCAGAUUCGACAUCUUUUAGAGUCUAAAACUCCAGAGAGAGUUCCUGAGGAGAUCCCUCCUGUAGAACUUCCGAGGCACAGGAAGCCAGAAACCAUGAUAAGAGGAUCAGGAGUGUGGCUAACUUUGCCUCCACCUCCUCUCUCUCUGCAGAGGAAGGCUCCAUCUCCUGGGGGGCCACCUGCUCGCCGCCGCCGCCGCCAGUUACUGUUCUGGGACAAGGAGACUCAGAUCUCCCGGGAGAAAUUCCAGGAACAACUGCAAACCAGAGCUCACUGCUGGGAGUGUCCAAAGGUACAGCCUCCCAAGAGGAUGACCAGGAGCCCUGCAGAGCUGUUCAGAACCCCGACUCUCUCUGCCCGGCUACCUCCAGAGUUACUGUCUCUCUGGACCCACUGUGCCCGGGCACCCCCAAGAAUACAGAGGCCACCUACGGAGGUCGAAGAGGAACCUGAGAUAGAAGGCAAAAAGGCUGAAACUCCAAGUGAUAUUGAGGUCCUAAGAGAAGCCCAGGAGCCCAGUGGGCCCCUCAUGUUGUCUUCAGAGCUUUCCCUAGAAGCAGCUGAAGAGGAGAGGUCUCGUACCAGUCUUGUUCCUCCAGAAGAACGGUGGGGCUGGACUGAGGCAGAGCAGCCAGAGCCCCCUGCAUUGCCGGUGGUGCCUGAACUCCCCGAGAUGCUCAUGGAAUUGCCUUUGGAGCUGCCCCCAGAGCCUGAGCUGCUCACUUUGGGGGCUGUGCACAGGGCAGUGGCACUAGGACUGCAGGCCAACCAGAAAUUGGACUUCAGCAGCCUUGUGCCUCCUCUUAGCCCCCGCAAAAUGGCUGCCCGGGUCUUCUACCUGCUCCUGGUGCUGUGCGCACAGCAGAUCAUUCGUAUGGAACAAGAGGAGCCAUAUGGGCACAUCCUGAUUCAACCGGGGCCCAAAUUCUACCAAGGGUAGAGCCCAUUUGCAAAGCUGUAAGAAACCAGCUUCAUUAAACCAUCUUCUGUCUC